AUGUUAAGACUAAUAAGCAGAGCCAUAAACGUGUCCGUGCAAUCUUCACCGAGUAGUUCCAGAUGUAUAGCGUCUCUAUCAGCCCUACCUGAUACAUAUCAGAUGUUAUAUAAAACGUGUAGAGAUUUCGCUGAGCAAGAACUGAAACCAAAUGCAGCGAAAUAUGACAAGGAACAUCUAUAUCCCGCCGCUGCUAUUAAAGAAAUGGGUAACUUGGGUCUCAUGGCGAUAGCUACUCCAGAAGAAUUGGGUGGAACAGGGCUAGACUACUUGGCAUAUGCUAUAGCUUUAGAAGAAAUCUCAAGAGGAUGUGCAUCUGCUGGAGUUAUCAUGUCAGUGAAUAACUCACUUUACUUGGGCCCUAUCUUGCACUGGGGCACCGAUAAACAAAAAGCUGAGUUUGUAACACCAUUUUGUUCAGGGGAUAUAGUUGGUUGUUUCGCCCUGUCCGAACCUGGCAAUGGCUCAGAUGCAGGUGCCGCAUCGACCACAGCUAAAGAUGCUGGUGACAAGUGGCUCAUCAACGGCACAAAAUGUUGGAUCACAAACGGCUAUGAGAGCAAAGCAUCCGUAGUAUUCGCUACUACUGACAAAAAUUUGAAGCAUAAAGGAAUUUCAGCAUUCAUUGUGCCAAAACCGAUUAAAGGACUUGAAUUAGGUAAAAAAGAAGAUAAAUUAGGUAUCAGAGGUUCAUCAACUUGCUCGCUGAUGUUUGAGGAUUGCGAGAUUCCUAAAGAAAAUAUUCUCGGAGAGCCGGGAUUUGGUUUUAAGAUCGCCAUGAUGACUUUGGAUGCUGGUAGGAUUGGUAUUGCCUCACAGGCUUUAGGUAUUGCACAGGCCUCCUUAGAUGUAGCAGUGGAAUAUGCAUCAAAACGAAUUGCAUUCGGCAAACCCAUAAUGAAGCUUCAAGCUAUCCAAAAUAAACUCGCCGAUAUGGCAUUACAGCUUGAAUCGGCUAGGUUAUUGACGUGGAGGGCGGCCUGGCUUAAAGAUAAUAAGAAACCAUACACUAAGGAAGCUGCUAUGGCUAAGUUAGCUGCCUCCGAAGCAGCUACAUUUGUAUCCCAUCAAUGCAUACAGAUUCUUGGUGGUAUGGGUUAUGUGUCAGAUAUGCCAGCUGAGAGGCAUUACAGAGAUGCAAGGAUCACUGAGAUCUACGAGGGAACAUCAGAAAUACAACGACUGGUCAUAGCCGGACAGAUCAUUAAGGAAUACGGUCUUUAA